UGUUUAUUUUCGUAAUGUCUAGACAGUGUGCUAUAAAACAGAUGAAACUAUCUUGCUAUACAUGCAUAAGUCUAUUAUAAGGUACCGGUACCAGUGACCCUCCUUUAAACCUUUGCAAUAUUUAUGAGUUUUCUUACAAAAGAUAUAAAUACCACUAAGUGUAAAAUUUACUUGAGUUAUUUCGUACUUUGAGCGGAUCAUCGAAUACUAGCGUAGACAUUAGAGUCUAGAACUUGUUAGAUAGUCAAUUAACAAAACUUGUUAGUAAUCCAACUAAUGGUCAUGGAUUUGUUGGUUACCCGAUUCAUUUAAAUGAGUUAGCCUUCAGGGCGUGAGAGAAGAUAUUAAUUACAUUAGAUAUUCAGACGUGCUUUCUAACUUCUAAGAGCAUUUCUAACAGAGAGAAACUCAAAAUGCAUAACUAAAUGUAAAAAUAUUAUUAUUUAAAUAUAUUUUGAUUAGAUAAUAAAAUUUUAUUAAUUGUUGAAAAAAAGACUAGUAACAUGUGAGCAGUUGGCAAAGAAAAUUCCAAAUCGAUUUUUAAAGAGUGUGUGCAGAGAACUCUUGACACAUUUUUCCUAUAUUUCUCAGCAAUUUUUAUUUUUCAUUUAACUAAUUGGUUUAGAACUCUAUGUAGAACGCAACCGUUGGCCAUGCUCUAAUCAAGCUCAUUUUUCUGGCAUUAAUCUGUUUGUCCAUCUCUUUUAAACAGCUGUUUGUUUCCAACUUUUUUUUUGGUAAGAGUUUGUUUGUUUGUUUCCAAAGUUUGUUUGUUUCCAACUUUAUGGAGAAUAUCCGUAAUAACACUUUUUCAUAUAUUGACUUUCUAGACCAUGAAAUCACACAUUCGUAUUGGAGACAAAAUGCACCCUCCAAUAAAGGAAAUCUGAAUCAUUUAGAGGACAAAUGAACCAAUUAACCUCCCUACAAAUAAAUAUUCUUUGAGCACGAUAUUUCAACAAAUGGUAUAUAUAGAAGUUAGACAGCAAAAGUUAUGUAGUAUUCUGCAAGAAGCUGAUCCCAAAAUUAAUGUAAAAUCAACACAAUAUCUCAUUAACUAUACCAUUAAGUUAUUAUCCCAAACAUUUAAAGUUUCCAAAUAGUAAAUACUAAAAAGAGUAAGACUUAAUAACAAAUAUUAGAGUAGAUAUCUUAGAUAAAAUCAUGACAUAAACAUAAGCAUUCAUUAAAAUGCUCAAUCAGACAAAAAUAACCAAAAUAUUGUGAAGACAUUUCCGCCCAUUAAAAUCCAAACAUCAGACGAUAAAUAACCAAAAAUAAUUAAUUGACAUCGAUGAAGAAACAGAAAAAGAUCAUUAGACUUUGAAGUUUGAAAAACUCCUUACUUGUUUUAAUUGAGCAUUUAAUAUUUUAACCUUUCUUAUACAAUAAUACCGAUCGACCAAUAUGCUAUAUGUACUAAAUCGACUUUCUCCUAUUCUGCCAGCCUUGAUAGAAUAUUUUGCUUUGAAUAUACAAUAUUCAAUUUAAGAUAUGGUAAAACUGAAUAAGGAAACUAUCUAAUGAAGAUAGAUUUGAAUUAAUUCAUGACAGCAUACAAUGAAUCAUCAUUUCCUUAAAAGGAAUUUACGCAUAGAGUCAAAGAAAUAUUCACAUUCCACUACUACUAUAAAGCCGCAUCAUCACUUAAUCAAUUAAACACACACAAACGAACCAAAAACCCUAGAACCGUUUGAUAUUGGUUUGUAUGGAUACUCCAAAUUCAGCCAAAGGAUACUUCAAAGUAGAUGAUGAAGCUCAAGAAGUGGCCUUGAAGAAAAAGGCGUACAAACGUUUGUUUAUUGUGGUAGCCUCCGUCGUGGUUUUCCUCGGUAUUAUCAUCGGCGCUGCCGUCGCCGUUGCUCGUAGCCAGAAAAACGAUCCACAUGGCUCGUCCCCUAGCUCAACUCCCAAGUUGACUCCAGCUGCUUCGCUCAAGAGCGUGUGCAGCGUCACUCGGUUCCCUGAUGCUUGUAUCUCUAGCAUCUCGAAGAUUCCAUCGUCCAACACGACGGAUCCGGUGGUUAUCUUCAGGCUGUCCCUGAAGGUGGUGGUCGACGAGCUCGCUUCCAUCUCCGACUUGCCGAAGAAGCUAGCGGAAGAGACUGACGAUGAGGGGAUCAAAUCAGCCCUUCGUGUUUGUGAUGAGAUGCUAGACGUGGCGAUGGAUAGUGUCAACGAUACUGUCUCCUCCAUGGAGGUAGGAGACGGUAAGAACAUCUUGAACUCUGGUAAGAUAGAAGAUCUCAAGACGUGGCUCACCGCAGCCAUAACGUACUACGAGACAUGUUUCGACACCCUCGCCGAGAUCAGCCCUAACCAGUCAGAGUCCAAGACUUCCAUAGUCUCGAAGAACCUUACAUCCUCUAUGAAAAACUCCACCGAGUUCACCAGCAACAGUCUAGCCAUCGUGGCUAAGAUCCUCUCUACCCUGAGCGACUUUGGUGUCCCGGUUCACAGGAGACGACUACUGAGUUCAAACUCGUUCCCAUCUUGGGUGAGCCCUAGGGCGCGGCGGUUACUUUCGGCGAAGAGUAUAAAGCCUAACGUGAUUGUGGCGGCUGAUGGAUCCGGUGACGUGUGGACGGUUAACGAGGCGGUGGUGAAGAUCCCUAAGAAGUCGAACGCAACGUUUGUUAUAUACGUGAAAGCUGGUACGUAUGUGGAGAAUGUUGUUAUGGAUAAGAACAUGCGGAAUGUUAUGAUCUACGGCGACGGCAAGUCCAAGACGAUUAUUUCCGGUAGCAAGAACUACGGCAUCGACGGGAUUAAAACCUACAAUACGGCUACGUUAGGUGUUCUAGGGAGCGGCUUCAUUAUGAAGGACAUCGGAAUUAUAAACACCGCCGGGCCGGAGAAAGGCCAGGCGGUGGCAUUCCGAUCAGGUUCCGACCAUUCAGUCUACUACCAAUGCUCAUUCGACGGUUACCAAGACACUCUCUACCCUCAAGCCAAGCGUCAGUUCUACCGCGACUGCGACGUCACAGGAACAGUCGACUUCAUUUUCGGAAGCGCCGCCGUUGUCUUCCAGGGCUGCAACAUCCGACCGCGUCAGCCGCUUCCUAAGCAGUACAACACAAUCACCGCCCAGGGCAAAAAGGAAGAGAAUCUGCACUCUGGUACCGUGAUACAGGGAUGCACGAUCACGGCCAACGGAAACGUAACCGCUGCGACGUAUCUCGGCCGUCCGUGGAAACCGUACUCCACUACGGUGUUUAUGCAGUCGGAGAUUGGAGCGCUCGUGGGGGCCGCCGGGUGGAUGAGGUGGGAUGCAGGGGUCGACCCGCCGUCGACUAUACUCUAUGGAGAGUAUAAAAAUUCGGGUCCUGGAGCGGGUGUGACCAAGAGAGUGAACUGGGCCGGGUACAAGCCCACUAUGUCUGCUGCAGAGGCAGGGAGGUUUACAGUUGAUGCCUUUAUCAAUGAAGAAGAUUGGUUACCUGCGAUGGGUGUGCCGUAUCAGCCAAGUUUCUUUUAACAAACCAAAGUUUGUUUUGUUUUUCAUUAUAUGUCGCAACCUUAUUCUUUGCAUUUAUAUCAUUAAAGUGUUGUUUUAUUAUGAAGUUUAUUGAAACUCAACAAAGAGGCCA